UUAUUCUCUUCAUUUGGCUUUUUUUGCAGAUAACAGCACAAACCCAAAACUCUACAAGGCGAUUGCAUAUAUGUUUGAUGAGUUUUCUAUUAUCUUUUUAUAGCUUUGCGGUUCGCAUAUUACUCUUGAUACCUGGCAAACCACACUCGGAGAAUACAAACUAUAAAUAAUAAUUUUCCCGCCUUGGCUGGGUAAACAAGCGCAUGCACACGCACGCACACUCAGACGUUUCUUCGCGACCGACCUCCGUUCAGUUGCUGCAGCUAGAACAUGGCGGAGGAAGAACAACAUACGGAAAGAGAAGAAUCUCUCGUCAACCGCUGGCUUGUGGAUCAUUAUAUAUCACUGGCGUUACAGUUGUUUGAUGAUGAUCAAUACCAAGGCUUUUGUGAAGUGAGACAAGUGAUCCAAAGUAUCAUGGCCCGUCCUGUGGCAGCAAGUGAUGUGAUGCCAAAAAAGGUUUUUGUAAUGCAGUUACUCUCCCGGGUAAAUGAGGGUGAAAAACUCGAUAUGACUUUUGAGAAUAAUGGUUCACUAUGCCCUUUGGAAUCAGCCCUUACGCUGCUGGAAAGUCUGCACGGGACAAGUGAUGUUUCACAAAAGGCCUUGAAAAAUAUUUGCUUCUUAGUGAAGGAGAUGCUUGUGAAGCUUUUCAUUAAGAACAAAGAGUUUGAUAAAGCAAAAGAGGUGCUGCGCCUUUUUCCUAAAUCUGCCAAGAAAAAGAUUUUCAUGGAUCUCAUCCGUCAGAGAAGCAACAAGCAUCAAGUCAUCGAGGAAAUGGAAUUCAAACAGUUAAAAGACCAGAUUCUUGCCUUUUGCCGGGAAUUCUGCCCAUUCUCUGUUCCUUUUCUUGACAAGAUUGCAAAACAGCUCAUCAAUGAACUUGACAAGCAAAGCGACAAGGGCACAACAACCAAUGAGCCAGAUAACUGUGCCCCCUCCACCAGUGCGGAAGUUAACGCCCAGCUAAUGAUAUGUGACCAUUCUGUUAUUUCGAAGGAGAGACUUGACAUUGCCUACCAGGCUUUGGCUGCGGGUGAGGUCACGAUACCAUUUUCUCAGCUGGAAGAAGAAGUUGAAAAUGAAGCCACUCUCGCAGCUCCUGACAAAGGGGACACAAGUGCAAACUCGGAGAGCCAAGAGCUUUUCCAGAGAAACUCUGGCAGCCCCCUUGAAGCUGCCCCAGCCGCCCCUCCCACACAAACAGAUGCACCUCCCCAGUCCAAGAGCAAUUCAACCCAAAACACAGCCAGGAAAACAAUAUCGGUCUCGACAAGGAAACGGAACUUUCACGACAUGGCGAAGAUGAUUAUGGAACCGGACAGUCAAGCAAGCUUGUUGCUUGCUAACUCUCAGGAGCAAGAGGCUGCAGUCAGAGCAGAUGAGCCGGCGCGGUUGCAAACUGUAGCCUGUCAAACGGACAUGGAGGGCGUCCCGCUGAAAAGACCUCGAUCGGCCACCACAGAUGCAUUGUCAAAGAGCAGUGAUGUUGAGGCAUCUCCACAACAUGAGGAACAAACAUCUAGCGCAGCAUCUAGCAAGCAAGUCUCAGAAGGAGCAUGUCAUAUCCCAACUUUGCCAGAUGGAAAGUGCACGGAAUCGGAAGAGUCACCAUCAGACAAUGUCGACAUUGUGCCGGACUCUCCUGCUUGCGACAACUCUCCAGCGAGAAAACGCAGCAGCGCCCCGACGAGCAAGUAUUUCAGAAAUAAAGGUGGCGUCGUAAUCACAGACUUAUCACUGGACAAUUCGCCUUUGAAUCAUCAAUGCCCCACCGCUCAAAAAAGUUCUACUCCCAACAAGGACCCCUCCCGUGCAAAAUGGAAGGCGCUGUACAGCAAUGCCAAGGAGAGCAAAGUCACUUGGGCUGAAGAAGAGGCGCUUUUCAAUGAUUCAUCCGACAGGAGUUCAUUAUCAGGAAUCAAGAAAAGGAUGUGGACAGAAGAGGAAAGCCGCAAGCUCAAGGAGGGAGUCAAAAAAUUUGGAGAGGGCAACUGGCACAAAAUUAAGUCUUAUUACUCCUUUGGUGACAGGACAAAUGUCCAUCUUAAAGACAGAUGGAGGACAAUGAAAAAACAAAACUUGGUUUAAGUUGACUUUUACUUCCAUUUAAAUUUUGUUUGCAAGUUUGUUUUGUUUUUUUACUUAACGCCAACCACAAAUGUGGAAUUGUUUAUAGCUUGUUGAAUAAAUGUGAAGUAUUCUUGUAACCUUG